UAACUAUUUUCGCAGUUUUGUUGGCUACAAAUUAAAAAAUAUAUAUAUAAAUAAUGGCGCCAUUAGAUGAUCUUGCAAAUUCGACAUCUGCAAUUUAUGCAAGCACUGAGAUCAAUGAGGCACAACAUCAUCCAGGAAAAAUAACGAUUGGGCAAAUGAUGUUCUACACAACUGCCGUUCUCAUUGUUCUUGUAUUGCUUUACGCAUCGAUGGUGAUAUGCAAAAGAACAUUCACAGCAAAGAAAGUUAAGAAGUUGGCAACAACCAUUGGCAAGUCCACACCACUAAAGAAUUUCAUUCAAAAUCCGAUGACUGUACACGUGAUCGACAAUCGUUCUGAUUUGGAAUGGGACAUGGAAGGAUUUCACGUAGACAAUGAUUCUUCUAAACAUCACCAACUAUAUUUACACCCUGAUUGUUCGAAUCCAACUUAAAUUUUUUUGUUUUUUGUUUCAAUGUUCCAUGAACAUACUCGAUGUAUCAUUCAAUUGAUCUCGGUUAAUUUGACUGAUCGAGUAUAAAUUUUCAAUUUUUUACCUAUAUUCUAUUGCUUUCAAAUAUUCUAAUGUGUGUAAAAUACACUUCUUCAUUUAUAUAGAAAAAA